UCCAUGUUUAUAUCUUUUAGCAGGGAAAGGAUUGUUAAUGACUAAUCUGUGUCUGUGAGGCACAGAGCCAAGGAAGAGAUGCUGCCGCCGGGCUGGAGGGCCGCCUGUGAUCAUCCACGGCUUUAGCUAGAACUCUGUCCUCCUCCUCACCCCAUGGUCUCCUGUAUUCAUCCCAACUCAAACUCGGAUUCUGAGCAUUUGUAGAAAAAUUGCUGGCAUUUGGAGAGGAAGACUGGACUCAACACCCUCCCAGGGCUUUGAAAGUUUAUCUCCAACCUAAGACAAUCCGAGGAGGUAUUGGAAGGAAGAAAGGAAGAAAGGAGGGAAAGAAAGAAGACCUAGAGAUAUAACUGAAAGUGAAUACUGCUUCUCUUAGGUUCUUGGAUUAAUUCUGGACAUCUCCUCAGGAUGAAACUUCAGACAUUUUGGGUUUUUUUUUGAAGACCACCACAACAAAAGUGCAUUCUCAAAUAAAGAAAGUUUGGAUGGGAUCAAAAAUGAAUCUUAUUGAACACUCCCACCUACCUGCCACGGAUGACUUUUCUCUUUCUGACAAUUUAUUUGGUGUACUCACAGAACAAGCAGCAGGUCCUCUGGGACAGAACCUAGAAGUGGAAUCAUACUCACAAUACAACAAUGUUCAGUUUCCUCAAGUUCAACCUCAGAUUUCCUCAUCAUCCUAUUAUCCCAACCUGGGUUUCUAUCCCCAACAGCCUGAAGAAUGGUACUCUCCAGGAAUAUAUGAACUCAGGCGAAUGCCUGCUGAGACUCUCUACCAGGGAGUGACUGAGGUAGCAGAGAUUCCUGUAACAAAGAAGGCCCGAGUGGGAGCAUCCGCAGGGAGAAUAAAAGGGGAUGAGCUCUGUGUCGUUUGCGGAGACAGAGCAUCUGGAUACCAUUAUAACGCACUAACCUGCGAGGGUUGCAAAGGUUUCUUCAGGAGAAGCAUUACCAAAAACGCCGUGUACAAGUGUAAAAAUGGGGGCAACUGUGUGAUGGAUAUGUACAUGCGAAGAAAGUGCCAAGAGUGUCGACUAAGGAAAUGCAAAGAGAUGGGAAUGUUGGCUGAAUGUAUGUAUACAGGCUUGUUAACUGAAAUUCAGUGUAAAUCUAAACGACUAAGAAAAAACGUGAAGCAGCAUGCAGAUCACACCAUUAAUGAAGACAGUGAAGGACGUGACUUGCGACAAGUGACCUCAACUACUAAGUCAUGCAGGGAGAAAACUGAACUCACCCCAGAUCAACAGAAUCUUCUACAUUAUAUUAUGGAUUCAUAUAGCAAACAGAGGAUGCCUCAGGAAAUAAUGAAUAAAAUUUUAAAAGAAGAAUUCAGUGCAGAAGAAAAUUUUCUCAUUUUAACAGAAAUGGCUACCAGUCAUGUACAGAUUCUUGUAGAAUUCACAAAAAAAUUGCCAGGAUUUCAGACAUUGGACCAUGAAGAUCAGAUUGCUUUGCUGAAAGGGUCUGCCGUUGAAGCUAUGUUCCUUCGUUCAGCUGAGAUUUUCAAUAAGAAACUUCCAGCUGGACAUACUGACCUAUUGGAGGAGAGAAUUCGAAAGAGUGGUAUCUCUGACGAAUAUAUAACACCGAUGUUUAGUUUUUAUAAAAGUGUGGCAGAAUUGAAAAUGACUCAAGAAGAGUAUGCUCUGCUUACAGCAAUUGUUAUCCUCUCUCCGGACAGACAGUACAUAAAGGACAGAGAGGCAGUAGAGAAGCUUCAGGAACCACUGCUUGAUGUGUUGCAAAAGUUGUGCAAGAUUCACCAGCCUGAAAAUCCUCAGCAUUUUGCCUGUCUCCUGGGCCGCCUGACUGAGUUGAGGACGUUCAAUCACCACCAUGCCGAGAUGCUGAUGUCAUGGAGAGUGAAUGACCACAAGUUUACCCCCCUUCUCUGUGAAGUCUGGGACGUGCAGUGACCAGCAUCACCGCGGCAGGGUCUGGCUCUCUAUUUUCCUCAUAAUAUGAGUCCGAUGUGUAACUUUCCUUUAUUUCAUUUGUACCUGGUUCCACACAAGAAUGCUGAUGAAUAUUUAUGGAGUAAUUAUAUAACUUCCACAAUUGUAAAUAUGGGGCUAGACAGAAUUACUUUCUCUACAUCACAUUUUUAGAUGGCUUCAGGGAAUCUUUUAUUCUAAUUGGCAUGCCCUGUUUGCCUAAUUAAAUUGAUCGUUACUUCAAUUCUUUCUGUUGAAACAGGGAAAAAUCUCACUUUGCUCUUCGUCUUACCUUAUUGCAUAUAUUUUGUUAAGGAGUUAUGUGCAAUUUUGGCAAUAAACUGAACGCAAUCACCACAGG